UGUCUGUGCCCAAUGUUCACCCUUGGUGCCAAGUUGCCUAGUGAAGUAUCUCCUGGCCUCAUACUGAUGGUUUCAUACUUGCAUGGUAUUAGAGGCAAAGAUGGUAAGGAGAACAUCAUCCACAUGGUGCAGCCCCUUAUUAGCAAGGAAGUAACCCAGAAAUAUUCUUUUCUUGGAAAGAAAGAAGUGCUUCGAGGAACUAAAAUCUGCAAGUUGAACACAGUUGCUGCUAGGAAGCUGGCAUUGACAGAGAAGAAAGUGAGCAGUGCUGUAGGGAACUCUCUUCAAUUCUCCUGAGACUGAAAUGGAGGAAGAUGUUUGCAGAGAAUCUACUAAGAAAAUUUUUUUGUUUGAGGGUAUCUGUUCUGGAAGAUUUUUUGUGAGGACCAUUCAUAAUGUCCCCAGAAAACUUUAUAUAAUGAUACUUUGGUUGGUCC